AUGGAGCGAAACAUAGAUAUCUACGCCAGCAAGCUCGGCGAAGAGAAGCUGGACAUCAAAGUACGAGCCAAUGUCGCUACCGAAUUACGAGACAACAUCGAGCCGCUAUGCUCGGGCGCAAGCUAUCCUAUAUUUCUGUCGAAGCUAUGGCCAGUAUUCAAAAAUAUUCUGAAGGGAGACCCGGUCUUCUUAAGCAUGUCUCAAGACCAAAAAUUACGAAACUGCAUCCUCGAGACACUCCACCGACUGCCGAUGGGCUCUCCUGACGUGGAGCCGUAUGCCGUCGAUAUGGUCGAUCUUUUGAUGGAACUUGCGCGGAUCGAGAACGAAGAUAACGCGGUGCUAUGCAUGAAGACCAUCAUGGAUUUGGAGAGGAACCAGGCUAAGGCCACUGCACACCGAGUGCAGCCUUUCUUGGAGCUUAUCCAGGAAAUGUUCCAGACAAUGGAGCAAGUGGUCCAGGAAACUUUCGACACCCCCAACCUGGCCACGCCCUCCGGAAUGCCAUCGACGCCCAACGCAACAGCACAAACUUUCCAGUCCCCCCGGCCGAGUUCACCUGCCACCUCAGUGUCAGACCUAGGGCCCGAUCAGCAAUCGAGUAAUGUUCUCCUCAAGGGUAUGCAGUCGUUCAAGGUCCUCGCAGAGUGUCCGAUCAUCGUUGUUUCUAUCUUCCAAACGCACCGCGCAUCGGUGCCGGCUAACGUUAAGCUGUUCGUUCCGCUCAUCAAAACGAUUUUGUUGCUUCAGGCGAAGCCGCAGGAAAAGGCACACGCAGAAGCAGCAGCCCAAGCCACAAUAUUUACUGGUGUCUGCAAAGAAAUCAAGAAUCGCGCUGCAUUUGGCGAGUUCAUCACAGCUCAGGUGAAAACAAUGAGCUUCUUGGCGUAUCUGCUGCGUCUCUAUGCCCAUCAGCUGCAGGACUUUCUUCCUACUCUUCCUUCUGUCGUCGUACGUCUCCUCCAAGAUUGUCCACGAGAGAAGUCCGGUGCAAGGAAGGAGUUGCUGGUAGCUAUUCGUCACAUCAUCAAUUUCAACUAUCGCAAGAUCUUUCUUGAGAAGAUUGAUGAGCUUUUAGAUGAGCGGACUCUCAUUGGAGAUGGCCUCACUGUCUACGAAACCAUGAGGCCAUUGGCUUACAGCAUGUUGGCUGAUUUAAUACACCACGUUCGUGACCACCUGAGUCGCGACCAAAUACGGCGAACGGUCGAAGUUUACACAAAAAACCUCCAUGACGAUUUCCCUGGCACCAGCUUCCAGACAAUGAGCGCAAAGCUUCUCUUGAACAUGGCAGAGAAUAUUUCCAAAUUGGAAGACAAGCGUGAGGCACGAUAUUUCUUAAUCAUGAUUUUAGAUGCUAUCGGUGACAAGUUCGCAUCGAUGAAUCACCAAUUCACGAACGCUGUCAAGGUUUCCAGGGCGUACAAAGUAUUCCGACAGGAUACUGAGCCAUGCGCCGAGAACUACCUUGCUGAGAAGGACCAGCCACCGGACUGGGAUGAAAUUGAUAUCUUCUCGGCGUCUCCCAUCAAGACAUCUAGUCCGCGUGAUCGAGGGGGCGACCCCGUUUCGGACAACAUCUUCCUCUUCCGAAACUUGAUCAAUGGGUUAAAGAAUAUUUUCCGGCAACUGAAGAAUUGCAACCCAGAUGAUAUUCAAAUCGACCCGAAUAGCGUCCCUAUCAACUGGUCGGAAGUUUCAUAUGGUUACAAUGCAGAGGAAGUUAGUGUGAUCAAGAAGCUCUUCCACGAGGGAGCUCGUGUGUUCCGCUACUAUGGGGUGGAUCAGACCCCUCCAGAGAUGAACUACGCGUCCCCAUUCGACUUCCUUGCAAGCCAAUACACUGCCCCAAUGUCGCGCGAAGAAAAGGAGCUUUUGGAAAGUUUCGGUACUGUUUUCCACUGCAUUGAUACCGCAACCUUCCACGAAGUCUUCCAUUCCGAAAUCCCAUACCUACACGAGCUCAUGUUUGAACAUGGAGCUCUCCUUCACCUGCCCCAGUUCUUCCUGGCUAGCGAGGCCACUUCUCCCGCAUUCUCUGGUAUGGUCUUGCAGUAUCUUAUGGAACGAAUUGAUGAGGUCGGGACCUCGGACAUGACGAAGGCAAAGAUACUCCUGAGGAUGUUUAAACUUUCGUUCAUGGCUGUGACUUUGUUCUCCGUCCAAAACGAGCAGGUCCUCCACCCGCAUGUGACGAAGAUUGUAACCAAGUGUAUCGAACUUUCAGUCACAGCCGAGGAGCCUAUGAACUAUUUCCUCCUCCUAAGGUCUCUUUUCAGAAGUAUUGGUGGGGGACGGUUCGAGCUACUGUACAAAGAAAUCCUUCCGCUACUAGAGAUGCUUCUCGAAACGUUCAAUAACUUAUUGCUUGCAGCUCGCAAGCCGCAAGAACGAGACCUCUAUGUGGAACUGACACUUACCGUUCCUGCCCGGCUGAGCCACCUUCUGCCUCAUCUUAGCUAUCUUAUGCGCCCAAUUGUGGUCGCUUUGCGUGCAGACUCUGAUCUUGUCGGUCAGGGUUUGCGCACCCUUGAACUCUGCGUGGACAACCUAACAGCCGACUACCUAGAUCCAAUCAUGGGUCCGAUAAUGGACGAGCUGAUGACUGCUCUUUGGGAUCACCUGCGCCCAUCUCCUUACAACCACUUUCACGCACACACUACUAUGCGCAUCUUAGGAAAACUUGGCGGACGGAAUCGGAAGUUCCUCAACCACCCGCCAGAAUUGUCAUUCAAGCAGUUUUCCGAUGACAAUCCUAGCUUCGACAUCAGGUUGAUCGGUCCGAAUGAGAAACGGCCUUUCCCUGUAGACAUUGGCAUCGAUCUCGCUGCUGGCAAACUGUUGGAGGUUCCGAAGACGGACUCAGGGAAAGCUUCGGAUAUCUACUACAAGCAACAAGCCUACCGCAUGCUCAGCUCGCACCUCAAGCUCCAAAUUGGCUACGACAACACCCCCGAAGACUUGGCAAUCCUGAUCAGACUCCACGCGAAUGAUCUCUUUGAAAAUAAGCCGGGUGCUAUGGCAGAUAUUCUUGAGAAGUCCGAAAGGUCGGCUUCUAUUCCGAAGAAGAUUGCACAGGAAGCAACGGUGAAGAAGUUGAUCAAGGCUUGUAUCUUUGCCACCACUAUUCCUGAGCUCGAACAAACUGCCACAGCCUUUGUGGCGGAUGUUUGCAAACACUUUGCUCUUGUAGAGGUCGGUCGUGCCCUGGCCCAAGUCCGACACGGCCGCAAACCCUUUGACGUUGCAAACGGGGAAGGUCCCGUGUACCUCGAUUCUAGGAUCCUCGCCGAGGCUUUAGUGGAGUGUUUGUCAUCUGAUGAGGUUCACGUCCGUGAAGCAGCUGAGCGGGCAAUGAUGGUUGUAAAGGAUGCCGCGGGCGUCAUCUUCGGCUCACCCGAAAAAGCAGCCAAGCUCCCGUUCUUUGUGCAUCUGGGCCGUGUCUUCUGCCACAGCUGCUACAGUGAAGAGUGGUUUACCAAGGCCGGUGGCAGCCUGGGAAUCAACUUGCUCGCAACCAAGCUGGACUUGGGAGAUACGUGGCUGUAUGAACGACAUGUUGAGUUCUGUCGGGCUUUGAUGUAUGUAAUCAAGGACACGCCUGCGGAUCUCCCUGCCGCAACGCGGCUGCAAUCACAAGAGACAAUGACGUUAAUGCUGCGACGAUGCGGCAAGCUCAUCCCCAAAGAGGAUUUGAAGAACGAGAAGAGCCGUCUGUAUGCACUGUGUGGCUUCUUCGUCUUUGAGCUCGCGCACAUGAAUAAACACGUCCGGGAGACUGCCCGUCGCUGCUUCACCACAUUGAAGGAUGUUCUUGGCUGUGAGGUACACGAGCUUAUUCUUCCAGUCCGGGAUCGUCUCUUGCAGUCGAUCUUCAACAAGCCUUUGCGUGCUCUACCUUUCCCAACGCAGAUCGGUUUCAUCGAUGCCAUCACGUACUGCCUCGGUCUUCACAAUGACAUCGUCACCUUUAAUGAACCGCUCAACCGUUUGAUGCUGGAAUCCCUCGCGCUCGCUGACGCUGAUGAUGAAUCCCUAGCGUCUAAGCCGAACGAGUUCAAGACUGCAGAUAUGAUUGUGAACCUCCGUGUUGCUUGUCUUCGCCUCUUAUCCAUGGCAAUGAGCUUCUCCGAGUUUGCCAACACGCCACAGAACACAAGCAGGGCUCGCAUAAUCUCUGUGUUUUUCAAGUCACUUUACUCAAAGUCCCAGGAGGUAAUCGAAGCAGCGAAUGCGGGUCUACGUGACGUGCUCACCCAAACCAACAAGCUGCCUAAAGAUCUGUUGCAGAAUGGACUGCGCCCUAUUCUCAUGAACCUCCAGGAUCCUAAGCGCCUUAGUGUUGCUGGCCUGGAUGGCCUUGCUCGUCUUUUGACAUUGCUAACCAACUACUUCAAAGUGGAGAUCGGUGCUCGCCUGCUUGAUCAUAUGAAAGUCAUCGCAGAUGAUGCCGUACUGCAGAAAGUGUCUUUCAGCCUCGUUGAGCAAAACCCGGCCAUGAAAAUCGUUGCUGCGAUCUUCAAUAUUUUCCACCUCCUUCCCCCGGCCGCCACAUCUUUCAUGGAGCACCUUGUCAACAAGGUCUUGGACCUCGAACUGAAGCUUCGAAGAACUUCACAUAGUCCAUUCCGAAAGCCACUCGUGAAGUAUCUCAAUCGCUACCCCAAAGAGAGUCUCGCAUUUUUCUUUGCGCGCUUCAACGAUGAGCGAUUUGGUCGAUUCUUCGGACAGAUCCUGGCUGACCCCGAGAGUGAAGGGCUACGGAGCGCCAUCGUUGCUGACACGGAUAGCUUUUCCGCUGCUGCCUUUGGUCAGGAAGCUGCCGAUGGCAAGAACACUGCCGCUAUCAAUGGAGUCUAUGUCGCACACUCCCUCUGUUCUUACAGCUCAACCAAGCGCUGGUUGGUCUCGCACGCAGAUAUGAGAAAUAAGCUCUUGACUUCCGGCAGAGACCUGGAGAAGAAGCUCCGAGGUGAUAGUUUGCCAGCUGAUGAGCGACUACGAGUGGAGCAAGCCGAAGACCAACUGAUGGACAUCUUUACAAUGUACUUGACGGAGGCCACGCAUGACUUGGACUUCCUGUUUGAAGUUAUCGACGGACUCUCUGCUGAUGAAUUGAAACGCACUCUUGCACUUCCUAAAUUCAUCUACAAGAGCAUCAUCUCCAAUGAGUCCAUUGAUUACCGGCGCUCUGUUAUCAUGCGCUGUCUCGACCUCUAUGGCCAGAAGAGCUGCCCACAGAAGACCAAGACUUACGCUUUCCGCCACCUUGUCAACCCCAUCUUUGCUAUGGACGUCCAGGUCACGUGGAAUAACCCUCCAAAUACGCCCAAGUUGAUGGAUAAGAGCAUGACCGAGUCUAUCCAGAGUCGUUUGUGGAAGCCACAGCUAGCUGAUCUGAGUGAGGAGUCUAACCAAGCUGGCGUAGACCACUCUCGCAUGGAGUUGCUACAGCUAUCUGCCUUGUUGAUCAAGUAUCAUUCACAAACAGUGCAGGAUUCCCGCAAAGACAUCAUCAAGUUUGCUUGGAACUACAUCCGACUCGAAGAUAUCAUCAACAAGUAUGGUGCCUACGUUUUGAUCAGUUACUUCAUUGCACACUACGAGACCCCAUUCAAGAUUGUGAUCCAAGUCUAUGUCGCAUUGCUCAGGGCCCACCAGAAUGAAGGCAGAGCCCUUGUCACGCAGGCUCUUGAUGUCCUGGCUCCUGUCCUCCCCACACGAACUGCCAACAGCUCUGGAGCAGAGGCACGGUAUCCCUUGUGGGCUAAAUGGCCCCGUCGCAUUCUGGCCGAGGAAACUGCCAACCUCCAGCAGGUCAUGAGUAUCUUCCAGUUCUUGGUUCGGCAGCCUGACCUCUUCUACGAAUCAAGGGAACACUUUGUGCCUCUGAUUGUCCCAUCCCUAGUCAAGAUUACGGGCCCACCAAACACCUCCAACGACAGCAAGAAGCUCGCACUGAACUUGAUUGGCUUGAUUUGGCACUGGGAGGAAAAGCGGGCUCAUAAUGCCGAAGCCAGCCACUUGGCCAAUGGGACAUCCGAGUCUCCAGUUGCCAGGAAACGCAAGCUGGACGAAGCUCAAGAGCCCUCGCCGUCCCCUGCUCUUGGCCCUCCCAGUAGCCGCGAACGAUCGGACUACACUGUACCUACCGAUUUGCGUGCGUCGUUGAUCAAGUACCUCAUCACCUUCAUCACCACCAUCCCCGAACGCUUCCAGGUUCCAGCUGCGCAUAUUCCCUCCUCUCUCCCGAGUAUUGGGGGGGAUCUAGACAUUGAUCUCUACCAAAAGGUGACCGAGCCAAUUCUAGUGGGUGACAAGGGUGAUAAAGUCGAGGAUAAAAUCACCUACAUGGUCAACACACUGCAGGUUGUGAGGGUUCUUAUCGCCGUCAAACCGAAUGAGUGGAUUGCCGCUCGUCUUCCCACCAUCCAGAAGCUUCUUGAGAAGCCGCUGAAGUCAGACAACCCAGAGAUCCAGGAUUGUCUACAUGGACUGGAAGACAACAUGGAUGUUUUGCACAAGUUGCCGCCUCCUGUUCGCCGUGUUCUCGAGGCCAUUCCAGAUGAACAGCCUGAUGACGAGGAUGCGAUGGACACGGAGGGAACGCCUUCGGAGUUCGGCUCAUAUUUGUCUGCCAUCGCUACCGAGACACUUUCUGCCAACAACUACGUCUCCAGCCUGAAUAUUCUGUGGACUCUCUCCAAGAUCAAGCCCGCCGAGAUUGAUGCACAUAUCCCCGCAGUGAUGAAGGCUUUCUCUACAAAGCUCGCCAAGGAACAUGUUGCUGCUUCAACCCAAUCCGGGGCCCAGCUGACGAACGGUACCAAGCCCGCCGAAGGAGCUCCAAUUAUCGAUCAACAAGAGUUUGAGAUUGGAGUUGAUCUCAUCCUCAAGACUAUUGAUCUUAUCUCCGUGAGAAUGUCUCAUCUUGGAGAUCAACGUCGUCCAUUCUUAAGUGUUCUCGCACAGAUUGUGGAGCGCUCCCAAAACAACGAACUUUGCAGUAAGAUUUUGGGCAUGGCGGAAUCAUGGAUCUUCCAUUCCACUGAGUCAUGGCCCACCUUGAAGGAAAAGACGGCUGUUCUACACAAGAUGCUGCUUUUUGAAUCUCGACCCGAUCAAACAAUGUUGAAGAAGUUCCUUGAUCUUGUGAUUCGAAUUUACGAAGAUUCAAAAAUUACUCGGACUGAAUUGACAGUCCGUCUGGAGCAUGCUUUCCUGAUUGGCACAAGAGCCCAAGACGUCGAAAUGCGGAACCGCUUUAUGCAGAUUUUUGAUAAGAGUUUAACUCGCCUUGCGAGCUCGCGUCUCAGCUAUGUUCUCACAUGCCAGAACUGGGAUACCCUUGCUGACUCCUUCUGGUUGGCCCAAGCAUCACACUUAGUCCUUGGAUGUGUUGACAUGACAACUGCAGCCCGCUUGCACCCAGAUGACUUCACCCUGUACCCGGUGUCGUUCCUCUUUGGCAGCGGCGAGAAAGAUCCCAGGAAGGCCGACAUCAUGGUUGACAACCAGCUGGAGACUUUCGUUGCAGAACGGAGGCGGUUUAUGUCGGAUAUCGGAGACGUCAGGGUUCGGGAUCUGAUCGAGCCUCUAUGUCAGCUUCAACACACCGAUUCGAAUGUUGCCUACCAGCUGUGGACUACCAUCUUCCCUCUCUUCUGGUCCACACUGUCCAACAAAGACUGCCUUGACCUAGAGAAGGACAUGGUCACAUUGCUCACUCGUGAGUACCACCACAGACAACUGGAUAAGCGACCCAACGUUGUGCAAGCCCUCUUGGAGGGCACUGUGCGUGCCAGUCCACGGUUCAAGAUUCCUCCACAUGUUAUCAAGUAUCUCAGCCGCACCUACGAUGCAUGGUAUACUGCUGCUAUCUAUCUUGAACAAAGCGCCAUUACUCCGAUCAUUGACACGCCUACUGUGCGCGAGAGCAACCUUGAUGCCCUUGUCGAGGUUUACGCAGGCCUUCAAGAGGACGACUUCUUUUACGGAACUUGGCGCCGUCGUUGCAAGUUUGUUGAAACCAAUGCUGCGCUUUCGUACGAGCAACAAGGGAUGUGGGACAAGGCUCAGCAACUCUACGAGAACGCCCAAAUCAAGGCCCGUUCUGGUGCCAUGCCCUUCUCCCAGGGUGAAUACUUCGUGUGGGAGGAUCACUGGCUGAUCUGUGCCCAAAAGCUUCAGCAAUGGGAGAUUCUGAGCGAUUUCGCCAAGCAUGAGAACCUCAACGAUCUUUUGCUAGAGGCUGCUUGGAGGAACAUAGAGAACUGGCAGAGUGAAGGUAACCGCGAGCAGCUUGAGUCAUUGAUCAAGUCUGUAUCUGAUGCUCCGACCCCCCGGCGCACCUUCUUCCAAGCCUUCAUGGCCCUUCUCCAAUACCAUACCAAGAAGGACAAUAUCCAGGACUUCAAUAGUGUUUGCGAUGAGUCUAUCCAGCUCUCUAUUCGCAAGUGGCUUCAAUUGCCGAAGCGCAUCACCAACGCUCACAUUCCCAUCCUGCAGCAUUUCCAACUCCUGGUUGAGCUGCACGAUGCCAGCCACAUCUGUAGCAGCUUGGCUCAGACAAACGAAAGAAACCUAGAUACCAAGUCUGCCGAGCUCAAGCUCCUUCUUGGAACCUGGAGAGACCGUCUACCUAAUCUCUGGGAUGACAUUAACACAUGGCAAGAUCUCGUCACCUGGCGUCAGCACAUCUUCCAGCUCAUCAACGGCACCUACCUCAGUCUUUUGCCUCCUCAGACGAACAAUGUGGCCAGCAAUUCCUACGCCUAUCGUGGAUACCAUGAGACAGCUUGGAUCAUCAACCGAUUCGCCCAUGUAGCUCGAAAGCACCAGAUGCCAGAGGUCUGCAUCAACCAACUCAGCCGUAUCUACACCCUUCCGAACAUCGAAAUCCAAGAGGCUUUCCUCAAACUUCGGGAGCAAGCGAAAUGCCACUACCAGAAUCCGAAGGAGCUGAACAGCGGGUUGGAUGUGAUCAACAACACUAACCUCAAUUACUUCGGCCCCCAACAGAAGGCCGAGUUUUACACCCUCAAGGGCAUGUUCCUCGCCAAGCUUGAUCAUGUCAAUGAGGCUAAUGAGGCAUUUGGAGUUGCUCUUUACUAUGAUCUUCGCCUCGCCAAGGCCUGGUCGGAAUGGGGACAAUACAGUGACCAGCGCUUCAAGGCCGAUCCAACCGACUACGAGCUGGCGAGUAAUGCUGUUAGUUGCUACCUAGAGGCUGCUGGUCUCUACAAGAGUGCGAAAUCCCGCAAACUGCUCAGCAGGAUUCUCUGGCUUCUCAGCCUGGACAACGAAGAAGGAAAGAUCGCAAGUGCAUUCGAAAACUUCAAGGGAGAUACCCCGGUAUGGUACUGGAUUACCUUCAUUCCUCAACUUCUCACAAGCUUGUCGCACCGGGAGGCGCGCCUUUGCAAGGCUGUACUGGUCAAAAUCGCCAAGUUAUAUCCACAGGCUCUCUUCUUCUUGCUUCGCACGAACAGAGAGGAUAUGCUGAGCAUCAAGAAACAGCAUGACCAGAAGCAGGAGAAGUUGAAUCGGGCUAGACAGCAGCAGCAAGGAUCCUCGCCCAGUACGAAGCCUAAUCCAGUUGCUGGUGCCGAUAGCUCUCCUGCCCUGAAAUCUCAGGCUGCUACGGCAUCCCCGUCAGUUCCUCCUGCGAACUCACCCGCUACACAGAAUCCGGCCCUAGCCCAAACCCAAUCUCCAGCGCAGCCACAAAACCCCGCACAGCCAUCCCCACAGACUGGCCAAACUCCGGGCCAAGCGCAACAAAUUCAUCUGCAAGUUCCAGGUCAGACUGGAACACCGCAACUGAAUCAGGCUGUACCCGUGGACGGCGAGAAGGAACCUCUGAAGAAACCUUGGGAGUAUUCGGACGAAAUCAUGUCUGGACUCAAGACGGCCUUCCCGUUGCUUGCUCUUUCUAUGGAGACAAUGGUAGACCAGAUCCACAAGAACUUCAAGUGUCCCCCUGACGAAGAUGCUUACCGCCUGAUCGUUGCUCUCCUGAACGAUGGCCUAGCCUACGUGGGUCGCAUGCCUGGAUCUUAUGCCCAAGAUUUCAAGCUGCCUGCGGCAACUGAAGCCAACAUCACCCGAUUCGCCGAGACCAUCCUUCCAGCUCAUAUCCGCAAGUCGUUUGAGGCUGACUUUGUGACCAAGAAACCAACCAUGAACGAGUACAUCCAGAAAUUGCGACGCUGGCGUGACAAGUUCGAGGAAAAGCUUGAUCGCAGAUCACAGCAUACAUUCCUCGAGAACUCUUCACCUCAUCUGAGUGAAUUCCGGUUCCUCAAGUUUGAUGAGGUCGAGGUUCCCGGCCAGUACCUACUCCACAAGGACAAGAACCAAGACUUCGUCCGCAUUGACCGCUUCCUUCCCGAUGUGGACCUCAUCCGAGGCAUUGGUGUCUGUCACCGCCGCUUGAAGAUCCGAGGACAUGACGGCAGUGUACAAGCAUUUGCAGUUCAACAUCCAGCUGCCCGUCACUGUAGGCGUGAAGAACGUAUUCUUCAGCUGUUCCGUAUCUUCAAUGGUUUGCUUGCAAAACGCAAGGAGAGUCGCCGACGCAACCUAUACUUCCACCUGCCGUUAAUGGUACCUCUAGCACCUCACAUUCGCUUGGUGCGCGAUGAUUCCUCGUACAUAUCCAUGCAGGGAAUUUACGAGGAUUACUGCCGCCGCAAGGGUAUUAACAAGGAUGAUCCGGUACUCUUCACAAUGGACAAGAUGCGCUCGCUGGCAGAAACCAAGCAGAACCGCACGUCCGAUCAGCAACAGGUCCUUCGCACUGAAAUCCUCACUGCGAUUCAAGAAAAAUGGGUUCCCAGCACCGUGGUUUUGGAAUACUGCCAGCAGACAUACCCCAACUUCGCAGACUUCUGGCUUUUCCGUCGCCAAUUUGCCUAUCAGUAUGCAGCGAUCGCUUUCAUGACCUACGUCAUGCACAUUGGAAACCGAUACCCGAACAAAAUUAUGAUAUCCCGUUCAACAGGUGAUAUCUGGGGUGCCGAAUUGAUCCCUACCAUCAACCCAGCGAAGGCCUUCUUCUACAAUCCCGAGCAAGUCCCCUUCCGGUUUACCCCCAACAUCCAGACCCUGCUUGGGCCCAUUGCGACGGAGGGUGUGUUUGCUUGUGCAAUGAUGGCAAUCGCCCGCUGCUUGACAGAGCCACGACACGAGCUAGAGCAACAGCUUAGCGUCUUCGUUCGCGACGAGAUGAUGUUCUGGGCUACGGCUCAGCACCGCGGUGUCCUGCCCCCUGGACAACUCCGCGAUCUCGUCUACAACAACAGUGAAAUCAUUGUCAACCGUGCUGUCAGUCUUGCCAGCCCACCAGAGGGUAACCUGCCUGCCAAUCAGACCACCAUCGAUCUGAUCUCCAAGGCAGUCAACCCUCUGCAUCUGGCGUCAUGUGAUGCGUUGUGGAUGCCUUACUUGUGA